UUUAAAUAACGGUGAGUUAACGUAUUGUCGCAUUAGAUUGUCGCGUUUUUCGCGUUUCUCGGUACUAAAUUGGCACUCGCCCUAAAGUAUUAUUUUCCCAAAAAAAAAUAAUACCAUUGAUUACUCGUUCUCCAUUAUCUCUGCGUCUGCGAGGACCUCAAAAAGCCGUAUGACGUGUGUUUACGACCAAAUCCCAUAAGCCCUCCCAAAACCCUUAAUCACAAUGCAGGCCGCUCUCUUAUCGCCGCCGCCCCACUCCACAAUCGCCGCCGUCGCUGGUGGCCCUUCGUCUAAACUCACAUUUCUCCGCCACCGCUCCAACUCCUUUCAACGCCCCUUUUGUAUCCGGGCUUCUCUAGACACCACCUCCGCUUCCACGACAGAGACAGCUCCACCUCCCCCUGUCACCACAGAGUCCCCUCCCCACCACCACAAGCUCAACAAGUACAGCUCCCGUAUCACCGAGCCCAAGUCCCAGGGCGGCUCUCAGGCCAUCCUCUAUGGCGUCGGCCUCUCCGACGACGAUAUGCAUAAGCCCCAGGUGGGGAUAUCGUCGGUCUGGUACGAGGGUAACACGUGCAAUAUGCACCUGUUGCGCCUCGCCGAGGCCGCCAAGGAAGGCGUUAGGGAGGCCGGGAUGGUUGGUUUCAGGUUCAACACGAUUGGAGUCAGCGAUGCCAUUUCCAUGGGCACCAGGGGAAUGUGCUAUAGUUUACAGUCCCGAGACUUAAUUGCUGAUAGUAUCGAGACCGUCAUGUCUGCUCAGUGGUACGAUGGCAACAUCUCUAUCCCAGGUUGCGACAAGAAUAUGCCGGGUACAAUUAUGGCAAUGGGACGACUUAAUCGACCAAGUAUCAUGGUUUAUGGUGGAACAAUCAAGCCCGGUCAUUUUCAAGGCCAUACUUAUGAUAUAGUAUCUGCCUUUCAGUGUUAUGGUGAGUAUGUUAGUGGGUCAAUAAAUGAUGACCAAAGGAUGAAUGUGGUCCGAAAUUCAUGCCCUGGAGCAGGUGCCUGCGGUGGCAUGUAUACAGCAAAUACCAUGGCUUCAGCAAUUGAGGCAAUGGGAAUGUCACUUCCUUACAGCUCUUCUACCCCUGCAGAAGAUCCAUUGAAGCUGAUUGAAUGUCAAUUAGCUGGAAAGCAUCUCUUGGAAUUAAUAAGAAUGGACCUGAAACCACGGGAUAUUAUCACUGAGAAAUCAUUACGCAAUGCAAUGGUCAUUGUUAUGGCCCUUGGUGGGUCUACUAACGCUGUGCUACAUCUCAUUGCCAUUGCUAGGUCUGUUGGCUUGCAUUUAACUCUCAACGAUUUUCAGAAGGUCAGCGAUGAAGUUCCAUUCCUUGCGGAUCUAAAGCCCAGUGGAAAAUAUGUCAUGGAGGAUGUACAAAAGAUUGGAGGAACACCUGCAGUCAUUCGCUACCUUUUGGAGAAAGGUUUUUUAGAUGGGGAUUGCGUGACCGUCACUGGGAAGACAUUGGCAGAAAAUGCAAAAGAUUUCCCUGCUUUGGCUGAAGGGCAACAAAUUAUAAGGCCAUUAGAUAACCCCAUCAAGGCAACAGGCCACAUCCAGAUAUUGUAUGGCAAUCUAGCUCCAGAGGGCUCUGUGGCAAAGAUAACUGGAAAAGAAGGGUUAUAUUUUUCUGGUUCCGCUCUUGUUUUCGAAGGAGAAGAGGCUAUGGUAGCAGCUAUAUCUGAGAAUCCUAUGAGUUUUAAGGGAAAAGUUGUUGUUAUUAGAGGGGAGGGACCCAAGGGAGGUCCAGGCAUGCCUGAAAUGCUAACACCAACAAGCGCAAUAAUGGGAGCAGGUCUUGGGAAGGAUGUUGCUUUAUUGACAGAUGGUAGAUUUUCAGGAGGUUCACAUGGAUAUGUUGUUGGACACAUAUGCCCCGAAGCUCAGGAAGGUGGUCCAAUUGGCUUGAUUGAAAAUGGGGAUAUCAUCACCAUAGAUGUUGUGAAGAGAAGAAUGGAUGUCCACUUAACAGACGAGGAGUUGGCUGAAAGAAGAAAGAAAUGGACUCAACCACCAUACAAGGCUAAUAGAGGAGUCCUAUACAAGUACAUCAAGAAUGUGCAACCGGCGUCAAUGGGCUGUGUGACUGACGAGUAGAGAUCAGAACCCACUUUUCAAUGGUGUAGACUGUAGAGUGCUGCUGAGGAGCUCUGUUUGGUGUGCCAUAAUGUUACCUAUUGAGAGUCUUAAUGGGUCUCUUUUAGAGGAUUUUUCAGGCACUGAACAACACUUUUGAUUGCUCUUAGUUUCAAUUAUCUUUGGUGUUAGUAAUUAGUUUUAAAUAAGGGCCCAUUGCUUUGGUGCGAAGGUAAACCUCGAGCUGGCAAGCAUGAGAACUGGGUUCGAGUCCAAGAGCACCACUUUCAUGGGUUCGAUUCCAAGGUUAAGUCCGUAUAAGGUUCACCUCUCCCAAGACCCUGGAUUUUUUUCGGGAACAAUAUUGGGUAAUGGCCCUUGUUAAUAAGAAAUUUUGACGGCAUGUAAUUUGCUUUCUUUAAUAAUUUAGUAGAUAGUUCGUAUGAUA